UUUCAGUGUAUCGCGGAUAACGAGGAACGGCAGCAGUUUUUAGAGCAAAAUCACCAAAAAUAAAAUAAAAUAAAAUUUCAAAUUUCGAAUUUCCUUAAAAAAUAGACAAUUUGAGAUAAAACAAAUUUCAAAUUUCAGUAAAAAAUCUUCAGCGAUUUCCUCAAAUUUCUGCUCACUUUGCGGUGGUGCUCUCCUCCGAUCGGUUCGGUUGGUUCUGUUUAUUUUGUUGUGGUUUCCGCCGGUCGAUCAGUACCACGGACUUGCAUGGCAAUUCUCUUGGUUCACCUGCGCCGCCUCAUACUACUGAUGAGCGUCGUCUACCUGAGUGGCGCUCUGGUGCGCAAAUUGCUGAGUGAUGCACGUCACGCUUACAUAUUGCAGUGGAACGGAAAGAUGACGUGGUCCAAACAGUUGCACUUUCAAUACUGGGCCUACAUAUACACGAUAUACACAUAUCUACUCCUCGUGAAUUCUGUUAGCGUGCGGCGCUUCACAAAUUUAUUAGAAUAUUUUUUAACAUGAAAUGACUUGAAAGAUUUUCAAAAGAAUUUUUAUUAAAUUAAGUUUUACCUUUAGUUAUUGAUAUGUACUUGUCUAAUAAUAAAUACCGAUCAAUUAUUUAAUAAA